AUGCAGCCUUCAUCUGAAAAUUAUGUUGAAAAAACUAUAGACGUAAAAUGCGAUUCUUGCUCAUAAUCUUACGAUAAAGAUAAUAAUAUUCCUAAACUUCUACCCAAGUGUUUCCACACAAUAUGCGAAUAGUGCAUUGCUACUUAACUACAUUAGAAUUAAAACUUAAUUUGUCCAAUUUGCAAGGAAAAUUAUUUGAACUAAUUUAAAAAUCUAGAUGACUUUCCUCCAAAUACUGUUAUUUUAAGUUAAAUGUACCCACCUUUAAAGAAAAGAAAGCUAAAUGAUGAAUCAGCGAAGCAAAUUAUAAAUGUUUAGACAAUCAAGAGAGAAGAAACAACUGAAUUAGAUUCAGAGAUUAAGUAACUGUAAUAGUAAUAAGAUUUAGAAGAAAGUACUAUUAUUACAAAGUAAGAACAUAUUGAUGAGCAUGAGCCAAAAGUAUUGUAGCAACUUAAAAGCAAAUAAUAUCGUGUAUAUAACGAAUUAAGCAAUGGAAGAAGCAAUAGCAGUAGCAGAAGCUUGAUGCACAGAUCUGGCUCAUAAUAUAAAUAUAGAACAAAGGAAAGCAUGAACGAAAAAAGGAAAUUAUCUCAACUGAUUACAGAGAAUUCUAAUAAUAUAAAUAACUUUAAGACAAUAACUCCUUCUAGAUUUAGUGAGAACUCUAACUCAAGAUCUGUUAACUAAUCUAUUAUAUUAUAAUCUAGUUUUUAAAAUUCAAAAAAUUUUAAUGACCUUAGUCCAAAUCUCAUUUAGAAAUGUGCAGCCAGUUUAAAAAUAUCAAAUAAUACUGCAAAUUUUGAUAAGGAUAAAAAAAAUUCUAAUUUUUUAGUAAAAUAAGAAAACUAUUAAGAUCAUGAAGAACAUCUUAUUGAUGUAUAAAAAGAGCAAUAAUAAGAUUAAAAGCAAUAAAAAAUUAAUAGUAAUGUGAUAGAUGAUGGAAAUAAGCAUAAAAUUAAGCUCAAACAAGAAUAAAAUUGCAUAUUUAACAGUGAAAUUCUUUAAAGCUUUAUUAAUUCUUCCACAGAGAAUUCUUAAGAUGCUAAUUAGUUUUAAAAUUAAGAAGAAUGCAAUAUACACAAUGAAUAAUUAUAGUACUACUGUGAGAAUCACAGCUAAGGUUUUUGCAUAAAAUGCUAUGAUCACUCAUUUUGUGAGAAUACAAUUCUUUAUCAGCAACAUCUUAAUGAUGAAAAAUGGUAAAUGAUAAAGGAAACAGUUAAAGAAGAGGAGAAUGUAAUAGAAAAUCUAAGCAGUCUUUAAAAUCACUAUCAAAGUAUUUGCAUAGAAUUAAAUCGUCAAGAAACUUAGUAAAUAGUAAACAUAGAAAAAGAAAUUUCAGAUAUUAUUCAUAGCCUAAUUAGCUGGAAGCAAAAUUUUACAUAGAACAUGACAUUGUAAACAAAAAAAAUACAAGAAAGCAUCUCUCAUAAGCUAAGUUUCAUAUAAAAAUCUAUUUAAAAUUGCUAAAAAAUAAAUGAAAAAACUAUUUAACUAUAAAAAAAUCUUAAAUUUUAACUCUAAAGUUAAAAAGAUAUUUUAAAUGACCAAGACCAAAGCAACGAGCACACUAACUAAAAUAGCUAAGAAUAAUUUAAUUUAUCUCUAACUAAAAUAGCUAAAUCUAUUGAUGAACACCAAAAAUCAUUUUUGUAGGAGCUAAAAUCCUUCGGUUCUCAAUUUAAUAAAAAGAAUCUUUACUCGAUCAAUAAUUUUGAGAACUUAAAAAAUAAAUUUACAAAAUACACCUGCAAUUUUAACAAUUAUUUAAAGCUGCUUAUUCAAGAUAAGUAGGAGUCAAAAGACUGCUAUAUAAAAAAAAUACCUGGAUAUCCUUCAAAAGAAGUGUCAUAAAUUUUCAAUUCUAUCCCGCUCAUAAACUUUUAAUGA